GGGCGGGCGGCGCCGGCGGUGCCCGGGGCGCGCUCACACACGCGCUCACACACACACAUACACACGGCCUCGUACACACUCACACACGCUCCGGCGCGCACACGCGGCGCGCAGGCCAGAGGGAGGAGGCUCGGCUCGGCGGCGGCGGCGGCGGCAGCGUGCUCGGCGGGCGGGCGGGAGGGCUGGCGGGCGGCCCCCGCUCCCCGGCUCCGCGGCUCGGUGCAGCCCGCGAGGCCCCCGCCCUCGGACCCGCCCCCGGGGGUCGCCCGGCCCCAUGCCCUGCAGCGGCGGCGGAGCAGCGCGCGGCCGCGGGAGGCUCUGAGGAGCCCGGAGGGAGCCGGCGACGAGGGGACCAUGUACCGGGACCCGGAGGCGGCCAGCCCAGGGGCGCCCACCCGCGAUGUCUUGCUGGUCUCUGCCAUCAUCACCGUCAGCCUUAGCGUCACUGUCGUCCUCUGCGGCCUCUGCCACUGGUGUCAGCGCAAACUGGGCAAACGCUACAAGAACUCCUUGGAGACCGUGGGCACGCCAGACUCAGGGCGUGGGCGCAGUGAGAAGAAGGCCAUCAACGAUCUAGACAGAGACUUUUGGAAUAACAAUGAGAGCACAGUGCAGCAGAAAUGGAGCUCCUAUCCUCCCAAGGAGUUUAUUCUAAACAUUUCACCCUACGCCCCUUAUGGCGACCCACGACUGUCCCUCAAUGGCACCCUCCUGUCGGGCGCCAAAGUGGCCGCUGCGGCGGGGCUGGCGGUGGAGCGGGAAGGCCGGCUGGGGGAGAAGCCGGCACCGGCGCCGCCACCCGGAGAGGACGCCUUGAGAAGCGGCGGGGCCGCCCCCAGCGAGCCGGGCAGCGGCGGCAAGGCGGGGAGAGGCCGCUGGCGGACGGUGCAGAGCCACCUGGCCGCAGGGAAGCUCAACUUGUCCAAUUUCGAGGACUCCACCCUGUCCACGGCCACUACCCUUGAGUCUAUCCCCAGCUCCGCGGGAGAGCCGAAAUGCCAGCGACCCCGCACCCUGAUGCGGCAGCAGAGCCUACAACAGCCGCUAAGCCAGCACCAGCGGGGCCGGCAGCCCAGCCAGCCCACCACCAGCCAGAGCCUGGGCCAGCUGCAGGCCCACACGGGCUCGGCGCCGGGCCCCAACCCCCGGGCCUACGGCAGGGGCCAGGCCCGGCAGGGCGCCUCGGCCGGCUCCAAGUACCGGGCUGCCGGCGGCGGCCGCAGCCGCUCCAACCCGGGCAGCUGGGACCACGUGGUGGGGCAGAUUCGAAACCGAGGCUUGGACAUGAAAUCCUUCCUGGAAGGCAGGAUGGUGGUGCUAUCCUUGGUCUUAGGGCUUUCGGAACAGGAUGACUUUGCCAAUAUCCCUGACCUGCAAAACCCAGGAACCCAGCAGAACCAGAACGCUCAGGGGGACAAGAGGUUGCCUGCAGGAGGGAAGGCGGUGAACACAGCCCCAGUGCCCGGCCAGACACCCCACGAUGAGUCUGACCGCCGGACCGAGCCACGCUCCUCCGUCUCCGACCUCGUCAACUCCCUCACCAGUGAGAUGCUCAUGCUGUCCCCAGGCUCCGAGGAGGACGAGGCCCACGAGGGCUGCAGCCGGGAGAACCUGGGCCGGAUCCAGUUCAGUGUCGGCUACAACUUCCAGGAGUCCACACUCACUGUGAAGAUCAUGAAGGCCCAGGAACUGCCAGCCAAGGACUUCAGCGGCACCAGCGACCCCUUUGUCAAGAUCUACCUGCUGCCGGACAAGAAGCACAAGCUGGAGACCAAGGUGAAGCGGAAGAACCUGAACCCCCACUGGAAUGAGACCUUCCUCUUUGAAGGUUUUCCCUACGAGAAGGUGGUGCAGAGGGUCCUCUACCUCCAGGUCCUGGACUACGACCGCUUUAGCCGCAAUGACCCCAUUGGAGAGGUGUCCAUCCCUCUCAACAAGGUGGACCUGACCCAGAUGCAGACCUUCUGGAAGGAUCUGAAGCCAUGCAGCGAUGGGAGUGGGAGCCGAGGGGAGCUGCUCUUGUCUCUCUGCUACAACCCCUCUGCCAACUCCAUCAUCGUGAACAUCAUCAAAGCCCGGAACCUCAAAGCCAUGGACAUCGGGGGCACAUCAGACCCCUACGUGAAGGUGUGGCUGAUGUACAAGGACAAGCGGGUAGAGAAGAAGAAGACAGUGACGAUGAAGAGGAACUUGAACCCCAUCUUCAAUGAGUCUUUUGCCUUUGAUAUCCCCACUGAGAAACUGAGGGAGACAACCAUCAUCAUCACUGUCAUGGACAAGGACAAGCUUAGCCGCAAUGACGUUAUUGGCAAGAUCUACCUGUCCUGGAAGAGCGGGCCCGGGGAGGUGAAGCACUGGAAAGACAUGAUUGCCCGUCCCCGGCAGCCGGUGGCCCAGUGGCACCAGCUGAAGGCCUAAGUGGGGCCAAGGGAGGCCCGGGGGGCCGAGGGCCCGGGUCCCCAUCAUGCCCUCACCACUUUAUGCACAAUGCCCGGCCUGGCCCCCCGCCAUAGGUGAGGGGAGGACCCCGAGGGCUUGGCCAUGGAGGGGUCCCAGGAGUCAGUUGGGCCCCGUUUCUAGGAAGUACCAGCCUCGUCCUCCACUUGUCCAGCUCUGGGGGAGGGGCUCUGGGAGCCAUUUUCCUGCUUUGCCCGUUUCCUUCCUGACUUGCUGAUACUAAAGAAGUGAGGGAGAGUGUGAAGGCCAGACAGGCAGAUGGGCAGAUCCCUCCAGAGGCCCGCCAGGUGGGCACGGUCCCCCGUUUUCUUUAAGGCAGUGCCUGGAGUGGAGAGAAGCUGCCUCCUCCCCAGCUCCCGAUGCGGGCCCAGGAGAGGGGAGGCUGGGGCGUUUGGCCCCGGCCUGGCCAGGAAAGGCCCGUUCCCCGGGGCAGUUUCAGGUGCCGACUGGGCCCUGAAUGCCAAGGAUAGUAUAUAGCCCACUCCGGGGUCCUGGAGCCGCAGCCUGUGUCCUUGCGUCGUGUCCACUGUGUGCGUGUGUGUGUGUGUGUGUGUGUGUGUACGGGGGUGGGGGCACUCUUACCCUGUCCCCGCCCCCGGGGCCGGCAGUGCAGAGAGGGCAGGGUUUCAUAAAGUGAGGCAGGGCAGGAGGCUGAGAGAGGUCUACGCACAGAGCCAGGGGGUGGGCUAGGAGAGGCAGGUGAAGGGGGGACUGGGGAAAGGUGGGUGGGGGGGAGAGGGGCAGACAGUGGAGCCGGGCUGAGAACGUGGCUGCCUCCUGCCGCCUCCACCCCGAGCCCCUCUCUGCUCAGUGUUCUCCAGUAGCUCCCUGCCUAGCGGUUUCAUCUCUUGCACAUCAUUUCACACCUUUUAGGCACCUACUGUAUGCAUCACAUUCCACCAGGACUCACCUCCCUUCCUUCUCAGGGCCCAAGCCCCCCCCCCACUAGCUCUCUUCUCCAGCACCAUCAUGCAGACACCCUCAGCCUUCCGGGAUCUCAUAUCCCAGCCAAGCUGGCAAUAUUCUCCAUGCUUCCCAGUUUCCUUCUCCUUCCCUAUCUCUACCCCGGUGCCCCCCCCCCCCACGCUGUUGGAACUUCUGCAUCCUCCCCCUCCCCCGUGUUCACAGACCCUCCCUUCCAUUCGCAGUCAGGAGUCUCUGGCCCCACCUUCUUUCCCCAGCAGCCGCUUCUGCCCCUCAGGUCAGGCAGGAAACCAGGAAAAGUCCAGGAUGCUGCAGGUUCUGAGGUUGCCCCACACAAGCUGUGGUUUCUCUGCCUCAGCGGCUGCAGAGACUAAAACUGGCUUCCCCUUGGAGACAGAAGAUUCCAAGAUGAUCCCUGCCUAAGCCUGCUCAUCCCCACGAGGGUCCUGAUACUGAUACAAGGCAGCUGGUGACUGUCUCAAGUCCAGGGGUCCGCGAGCCUGGGCCUGACAUUUCUGACACACGCCACCAGGUGGCGCCCGGACACCACAUCUGUGGCUGCUAUCUGGGACCACAGUUCUACACCCGGUCUCCCCUGCCCCCCCCCCCCCCCCCCCCCGCCCCACCUCCCCUGAGCUGGGCCUGACCCCAGGGGAGACUGGAUAAGGUUAGGGUCCCCACCUGCGGAGCACGGCAAAAGCAUGGGAAUUGGGGAACCAUUUUCCUUCAGUAGGCUUCCCCUUGAGCUGCCCACGUGUAUUACACUGAAUCUCACACCCUGGCCCCAUUCCCCUCCCACUAGGAUCUGGAGGAAUAUCACACAGAGUAAGUGAAUCAUUUUGUAGAUUGAGGAGUACUUAUGUGAAGCAAAUAGUCACCCACAUUUCUUGUAAAUCCCAAUUUUUCUGUGUUGUAGCUUUGCUUAGAAUGAGGGCCGGCCCCGACUGCAGGGUCCUUUUUGGGCGGGCUGGGGACCAGCCCCCCCCCCCCCCCCCCCCCCCGCUGGGAGGGCAGCAACUCCGAGGGCUGUGUGGACGUGAUCCGAGGGUGCUGUGGAAAGCCUUGAGAGGCGAAGGGUCUGUCAUCCUCCACCCCUCCCUCAGAUCCCGUGCCCCUCCACCUCUCGGUGCCAGCCCCAGCCCCAUGGCCCCUGGCCUGUUGGAGCCUUCAGGGAUUGAACCAACCUGCAAUGAGUGGGCGGGGCAACUGCAUCCCUUUUUUCCCCAGCCCCACCCAUGGAGCUAUUAACCAAUCACAUGCAGAGAGCAUCUUUGGGCGGAGUCUGUUCCCAAUCUGACCCACCUGGGUUUCCCCUACCCCCAAGACAUGCAGCCCAGAGGCGGGGGAGGGGUGGCAAGUGGUGGGCCCAGGGGCCGGUGGGCUGGCACAGGAGGAGGCGGGUGGUAUGGGGUGAGGACGGACGGGGUGGGCUAGGCCUAUAGGAGAACAGGGAAUGGGGGAACUUGAGGAUGGGUGGAGGGCACUGGAGCCCUGCCACCAUCCCAGGACCUUGGGCAGAUCACCCACACUCCCGGGGCCUCAGUUUCCCCAUCUGUAAAAUGAUGGUCAUAAUACUUCACCUACCUCAUAGGGGAGGUUGUGAGGCCGCCGUCACCUGACCUGGGGGUUGAGGCAGGAGGACUGUGAAGGUGCUACCCGGGAGCAAAGUAUUAUUACUGUAGCCUGAGAGCGAGGCCCCCCUGCCCCUCUCCCUGCAGAGUCUCCAGGGAUAGCCGAGGCUGGCCUGGGCCCAUCUAUCUCUUCUCCACUGUGUCCCAGGUCCCUUCAUGAGCGUCAUCUGCCGUCUUUGUGGGCACCCUAGAUUUGGUUGUUAUCUUGUUCAGGUAUCCUUUCUUGUGACCAUCUCCCUACGUAACUGCUGUACAAAUUCCACCUGCCACAGGACCCCGCACCUGCCCACUGGCGCCAGACGCCAGGGAAGGGACAAGGAAAACAGCCACAAUAAAAGCCAAGGGGGGGCCAGAGCCCCGAGCCUGGCUGGGACCCCAGGGGUGGGGUUGGUGGCCGCUGUUUGUAUUGUGUUUGAGUCCUUGAGUGCAAGUGUUUUAUUAAAAAAAAAAAAAAAAAAAAGACAAAACCCACUAUCACAAAAAAAAAAAAAAAAAUUGCAGUGAAGAGAAAAUGAAGAAAAACUGAAGAAAAAAAAGGAAAAAAGAACCAUACAAAAAAUUUUCCACCACACGCACCCUCUAAGCCAGCAAGAUUUCCUCUUUACAAAAUCAUAUUUUUGUGGGAAUGGGCCCUGCUUUUUGUGGCAGGGCCCGUUCUGAUUAAUAAAGGAUCGUGACAAAGUA